CAGCUCCUUCCCCCCACCCUCCACCCCCUACCCCCUACAAUGGCCACCGCCGCCGCCAUCCCUACCACCACAAUCCAAACCCUAGAAAACGACAUGUCAACUGACAAAUCCGCCAUUCCCCUCCCAGCCGUCAUGAAAGCACCCAUCCGUCCCGACGUCGUAACCUACGUCCAUUCCAACAUCUCCAAGAACGCCCGUCAACCUUACGCCGUUUCAAGAAAAGCCGGACACCAAACCUCAGCUGAAUCAUGGGGUACAGGCCGAGCCGUCUCACGUAUCCCACGUGUCCCUGGUGGAGGUACCCACCGUGCUGGACAAGGAGCAUUCGGUAACAUGUGUCGUGGUGGACGUAUGUUUGCACCAACACAAAUCUGGCGUAGAUGGCACCGUAAAAUCCCUGUUAAUCAAAAACGUUACGCUGUUGCUUCAGCUAUUGCUGCUUCAUCUGUACCAUCUCUCGUUAUGGCACGUGGACAUCGUAUUGAAUCAGUACCUGAAUUGCCAUUAGUUGUGUCUGAUUCGAUUGAAGGGAUUGAAAAGACGAGUAAUGCUAUUAAGGCGUUGAAGCAGAUUGGUGCUUAUGGGGAUGCUGAGAAAGCGAAGGAUAGUCGGGCGAUUAGGCCUGGAAAAGGGAAAAUGAGGAAUAGGAGGUAUAUUUCCAGGAAAGGACCGUUGAUUGUUUAUGGUACUGAAGGUGCUAAGCUUGUUAAGGCUUUUAGGAAUAUUCCUGGUGUUGAGAUUUGCCAUGUUGAUCGUUUGAAUCUGCUUAAGUUAGCUCCAGGUGGUCAUCUUGGUAGGUUUAUUAUCUGGACUAAAUCUGCUUAUGAGAAAUUGGAUGACAUUUAUGGUUCAUUCGAUAAGCCAUCAUUGAAGAAGAAGGGAUAUUUGUUGCCAAGGCCAAAGAUGGUGAAUGCUGAUAUUGCUAGGAUUAUCAACUCUGAUGAGGUGCAAUCUGUCGUUAAGCCUAUUAAGAAGGAUGUUAACAAGAGGGCAACUUUGAAGAAGAAUCCACUGAAGAACUUGAAUGUGCUGUUGAAGCUCAAUCCUUAUGCAAAGACUGCCAGGAGGAUGUCCCUUUUGGCCGAGGCACAACGUGUCAAGGCCAAGAAGGAGAAGCUCGACAAGAAGAGGCAUACAAUUACAAAGGAGGAGGCUUCAGCUAUCAGGGGUGCAAGCCACUCAUGGUACAAGACAAUGAUCUCAGAUUCCGACUAUGCAGAGUUCGAUGUCUUCUCAAAGUGGCUCGGAGUUUCUCAGUGAAGGGACUUUUCUUUUAUGUGACCAUGUUAGAAAGUAUUUUGUUUACUUGUUGGUGGUUAAGUCUGUUCUUUUGUUCUACUUUGGUUGUCCAAGACAUGAAACAUACUGGGCGGGAGGAAAAUUAUGGGCUUCUUGCCUGGAUUUUCUUUGCCUACAUUUUGAGUUUUCUUUUUAGUUGGAUUAUUACUUUAAGAGGUAUGGAAUUAAGGAUUUUUAUGGAGUAGUAUGUUUUUGAUGGUUGGUUUUCUAA